GUCACUCUGUCUCUAGCAGUGUCCUGGCAACUUAUCUUCUUCACAGCCUUCGAGGCUGACCAGGUCACACCUCCCGGGACACGGCGCUGCUGACAUGGGAGCCCUUCCGUGGUUACUUCUCCUCUUGCUGUUCCAGGAAGCUGAAGGGUACUCUGGAGAUAGUGUGGAUCCCAAGGAAGUGGUUGCGGUCCUUCAGGAGUCCAUCAGCCUCCCCCUGGAAAUCCCACUGGAUGAAGAGGUUGAGAACAUCGUCUGGUCCUCCCACAUUAGGCUUGCUACUGUGGUUCCAGGGAAAGAGGGACAUCCGGCUACCAUCACGGUGACCAACUCUCGCUACGAGGGCCGAGUGAGCUUCCUGGAGCCCACCUACUCCCUGCACAUCAGCAACCUGAGCUGGGAGGACUCAGGGCCUUACCAAGCUCAAGUCAACCUGAGGACGUCCCAGAUCUCCACCAUGCAGCAGUACAAUCUACGUGUCUACCGACGGCUGUCACAGCCUCACAUGACUGUGAACUUUGAGAUCUCGGGGGAAGAAGGUACCUGUAAUAUGUCCCUGACGUGCUCUGUAGAGAAGGCAGGCCUGGAUGUGACCUACAGUUGGAUAUCCUGGGAGGAUGGCACUGACACGGCCCAUGAAGGCUCUGUCCUCAGCAUGUCCUGGAGGCCCGGGGACAAGGCUGUCUCCUACACCUGCAGGGCCAGCAACCCCGUCAGCAACAUCAGUUCCCAUCUCAUCCCUGCUGAGCCCUUCUGUGCAGAUCCUGGCGACUCCACUUCCUUCUGUCCCCUGGCCAAGGGAGUGCUCAUCCUCUUGCUUCUGGUAACUCUGGCUGUGGGGCUCUGGCUCGUCCGAGUGCAGACGGGAUGCAAAGCACCAAGAAUGAAGAAACUCAAGAGAAACAGGAUGAGACUGAGAAAGAAGGGGAAGCCCGGCCCCAGGCUGGCCUGA